AUGGAAUUUCCAUUGGUCUCGGUGAGUCGCACAUUUGGUCCUCGUCUCUGGUGAUGCCCGUGGUGUGGGGAUCUCCGUGCAGCUCAGGAAAACAGGGCGUCGGAGGAUGAUGGUAAUGAUAGGAUCAUCAUGGCAAACGGAACUGGUACUAUUAUGUUGAAAUGCGUUGUGGUUGGAGACGGUGCUGUGGGCAAAACGUGUCUGUUGAUGAGCUAUGCCAACGACGCCUUUCCAGAGGAGUAUGUGCCCACUGUGUUUGACCAUUAUGCAGGUAAAAUGAUUUUGGAACAUGUCAUGAUCAUGCAUGAACAGUUAGGCUAUGUGUGUGUUAUCUCGAAUUGAACCUGAUCCUUACUAAUAAAAGCUGACAUCAUUAUGUUGGUGGUCGGUCUAGUUACAGUUGCAUGAGUUUAAUCGCUAUGCCAAUUCGUUUGAAUAGUCCCUAAAAUUCAAUGUUCAGGAGAAGGUUACGUGUCAGAAUGGAAUGCUUACUUUUUCCACUUUCUUUGUCUCAGAUUGCAUAGGAUUACAUCUGUUUCUAUAAUCAAAACCACUUGUUUGCCUCCUAGGAGAGGGAGGGGAUAAGCGAUCUCUGUCUGUCUGUCUUUCUCUAAACUAACCUUUGUCAUUGCUUUGCAGUGAGUGUCAACGUUGGCGGAAAGCAGUACUUAUUGGGACUGUAUGACACAGCUGGUCAGGUACAGUGAGUUUAUUUUAACUCUGGCUGGAUGCCAAGCAUGCCACAUCCAAGGACACAACCUCUCCCCAUGUGCUCCCCCACUGUUAACCAAUGGUGCUCUUGACACACCCACAAGCUUGAAAUUCUGAUCACACUCUAAGCUGUAACAGGUGAUGGUUUUCACACAUUGCUCUAGUUUCCAGUCAGUCUGGUGUGUGAUAGACCGUGGUUGUAGGCCUAGUGAAGCAUUUCAAUAGGUCUAUUAUGUAGAGAACAGGGGUCCUAUGUCCAGUGUCCAGUAGGGAUGUUGUCACUGUCCUGUUUAUGGGUUGGUUCUUUACAAUGUAGCAUUCAAUCUGCAAGAGUAUCACUCAACUCACACUGUACAUAGCCGCACACAGUCAAAUGUGCACAUCAUAACAUUUUCACUCACCACCAGCAAGCUCUCACGUAAACACACACUCACUUUUUCCUCUUAGACCUUUAGCUCUGUUUUUCCAAGCUGGGUCUGAAGUUAAGGCAUGUCACAUGCAGCAAUGAAUUCUGAACACUCUCCCCUGAACCCGAUUUAACUGUAAAGUCCAAAUAGGUCCUGAACUGAAACAUUAUUCAACUGGUGAAAAGGGGAAUAGGUUUGAGGUUGAGAAAUGGUACAAUAGGCCCAUUGUUUGUUCAUUAAUAAAAUAUAAGUACAUUAAUAGUUGCUAUUGCCUCCACUGAAUCAAAAUAAGUAUUCCCACUCGAAUCUGUGGCUAACAUAACUAAUUCUUUGGAGAAACUACAUGAUCUUAAAACUACAUCUCAUUAGUGUUUCACACAGCUUUUUGUUACUCUUUUGUGUUUGAUUGCAAUUCCAUGUCUGGAGCCUUUUUGUUUUAGCUGAUUCAGACGUCUGUGAAAUGGAGAAGUUUCCCAGAUGUCGACUGUGGCCGCAGAGGCCACAGAGAGUAGAGUUACUUCUCUUCAAACGCAGCUCCUCCACUUUGGCUGACCUCUUUAUGCUGAGCACAAGGCCAGCUGGUAAUGUUUAUAGCUUCAGUAUCUGAUCAAAGACGGGAGUGCCAGAGAGCUAGAGGGAGGAGAAACCGGAAGAGAGAGAGACAGAGGGGAAAGAGGAAUAGAGAGACUGAGGGGCUGGCUGAGAGAGAGGGGGAAAAACAGUGAGGGGGAGCGAAAAACUGCAAAUCUGCUCUGGAAUCCUGUAAUGCAGCCCUAUAGGAGGCUCAAGCCGGGGGUGUGGAAGAAUGCAAUGCUAAAUACUGUACCUCUCUCUUGUUGAGGAACCUCAUCCAACCCAGCCACCGACCCGCUAAUUCACACUCUCCUGCUACAAUCCCCACCUUCUGCUCUGCAUUAGACAUGUUUUAUUGGCUCCAAAGACCCUUUAAUACUUAUGUCCCUGGCAGAGCUAAAGCUCCCAGAAUCGUCAUAGGGGAAGAUGAUUAACCAUUUGCUCAAAGAGGAGAGAAAUUAGUCUCAUUUUCCUAUGUUUUUGUCUGUUUGGCACUUAAUCCACCACCCGUGUAUUUUCUAGAUCUAUACGUAACACGUUCAGUCACAUCUCUUAGCUCUUGAACAUGUGGGCCAGAAAGAAUAGAAUGGAUAGUCUUUAUUUAUUAAUUCAUCCCCUGCCUGGCUGAUGCACUAAUCAUAGAAAGCUAGCAUUGCUGCUGUGGAUAGGAGGAGGAAGCAGGAAGUGGAUGUUAAGUGCUGUUGUACCCAUGGCAACACUGGGCUCUCUUUACUCCUUCUCUUCACUCUCUCCCUUUGUUGCUGCUCAGUUUCUCAUUUGCUCACACCCUCCUGCACUCGCACUCCUCACACUCAGUUGCACAUGCCUCCGUCACUCUUCUGUGACGGCCCCACCUUUUGUUUUGUACAGUGCCUCGUUAGGAUUUGUGCCCUCCCUGAGAUGUGACCCCUAGACAUCCCAGCAGGGGGUAGAGUAAAGUGGGCUCUGCUCUGCUGCCACAGGGCCUUAAUCCUCUCCACUCAGCUGAACACCAAUGGGAGGUAGCUAGACAUGUCAUGCCCCUUUGAACACCAAUGGGAGCACUAGACAUGUCAUUCCCAUUUGAACACUACAGCUAGAUAGAGGCUGCUGAUGGAUGUUUUAAACUGUUUCACCAUUGACCAUCAUAGGUCUAAAGCUCCAUUAUUUGGCAUAGGAUGUAAUCACCUUGAAUGGGAUACCUCAGUCUGAACUAUCACUUUAGUCCUGUGUUGGGAAAUGCUCAGACAGUUUUGGGGAUGAGCCGUGAAGUACUGCAAUAUGAAAUACAGUUACUAGCUGGCAACCAACUACCAGUAAGUUACUGUAAAAUUCACAGUAAACCAUUUACAGUACAGUGUUCAGACAGUUUUGAGGAAGGGCCAUAAUAUAAUAAUAAUAAUAAUAUGCCAUUUAGCAGACGCUUUUAUCCAAAGCGACUUACAGUCAUGCGUGCAUACAUUUUUUUGUGUAUGGGUGGUCCCGGGGAUCGAACCCACUACCUUGGCGUUACAAGCGCCGUGCUCUACCAGCUGAGCUACAGAGGACCACAGCCAUGAAGCGUAGUGCCUGCGCUUGUUAUUCUCCUUGCGGCUAUGUUGGAACAGGCGUCUCUGACAUAGCCGCCGGGCCCGAGGAAGAGUGACUCGCUGAUAACAUAGACGGUCAAGUCAGUGACUUGACACACACCCAGCUGAGAUCACAUACCCAGCCAGUAAAAAAAAAAAUGGAAGUAUAUAUGGAGAUAGUUUAGUGCCUAAAAUAAGGGGGUAAAGAAAUAAGGUAUAGGACAGACACUUCAAAUAAACGUCAUGGUGAUUUAUUUUUUUGACUAUCUGUUGUUCCAUGUAGUGAAUCUGUUAUUCAAUGCGUUUAUAUUGGCUAAUAGCAGUAAUGCUAAAUUCAAUGUUUCAUCCAAUAAUUUGUAAAACAAUUUUUUUUUUACCUUAAGGGGUCUUAAAAUUCAAAAUCAAAUAGCUAAACAAUCCUUGGUAUAACCAUCUUAAAACGAUAUGGCUUUUUCUUUGCAACUCUGCCUAGAAGGUCAGCAUCCCAGAGUUGCCUCUUCACUGUUGACGUUGAGACUGGUGUUUUGCGGGUACUAUUUAAUGAAGCUGCCAGUUGAGGACCUGUGAGGCGCCUGUUUCUCAAACUAGACACUCUAAUGUAUUUGUCCUCUUGCUCAGUUGUGCACCGGGGCCUCCCACUCCUCUUUCUAUUCUGGUUAGAGCCAGUUUGCGCUGUUCUGUGAAGGGAGUAGUACACAGCGUUGUAUGAGAUCUUCCGUUUCUUGGCAAUUUCUCGCAUGGAAUAGCCUUCAUUUCUCAGAACAAGAAUAGGCUGAAGAGUUUCAGAAGAAAGUAAUUUGUUUCUGGCCAUUUUGAGCCUGUAAUCAAACCCACAAUUGCUGAUGCUCCAGAUACUCAACUACUAACAAGAAGGCCAGUUAGUUUUAUUGCUUCUUUAAUCAGCACAACAGUUUUCAGCUGUGCUAACAUAAUUGCAAAAGGGUUUUCUAACAAUCAAUUAGCCUUUUUAAAUUAUAAACUUGGAUUAGCAAACACAACGUGCCAUUGAAACACAGGACUGAUGGUUGCUGAUAAUGGGCCUCUGUACGCCUAUGUAGAUAUUCCAUUAAAAAUCAGCCGUUUCCAGCUACAAUAGCCAUUUACAACAUUAACAAUGUCUACACUGUAUUUCUGAUCAAUUUUAUGUUAUUUUAAUGGACCAAAAAUUGGCUUUUCUUUCGAAAACAAGGACAUUUCUAAGUGACCCCAAACUUUUGAACGAUAGUGUACAUAUCUACUUCAAUUACCCCUGCACAGCAUUCGGAAAGUAUUCAAACCACUUUCCUUUUUCCACAUUUUGUUAUGUUACAGCCUUAUUCUAAAAUGGAUGAAGUACAAAUGUUUCCUCAUCAAUCUACACACAAUACCCCAUAAUGACAAAGCGAAAACAAGUUUGUAGAAAUUUUUGCAAAUGUAUUAAAAAUAAAAAAACAGAUACCUUACAUAAGUAUUCAGACCCUUUGCUAUGAGACUCAAAAUUGAGCUCCGGUGCAUCCUGUUUCCAUUGAUCAUCCUUGAGAUGUUUCUACAACUUGAUUGGAGUCCACCUGUGGUAAAUUCAAUUGAUUGGACAUGUUUUGGAAAGGCACAUACCUGUCUAUAUAAGAUCCCACAGUUGACAGUGCAUGUCAGAGCAAAAACCAAGACAUGAGGUCAAAGGAAUUGUCAGUAGUGCUCUGAGACAGGAUUGUGUCAAGGCACAGAUCUGGGGAAGGGUACCAAAAAAUGUCUGCAGCAUUGAAGGUCCCCAAGAACACAGUGGCCUCCAUCAUUCUUAAAUAGAAGAAGUUUGGAACCACCAAGACUCUUCCUAGAGCUGGCCGCCCAGUCAAACUGAACAAUCGGGGGAGAAGGGCCUUGGUCAGGGAGGUGACCAAGAACCCCAUGGUCACUGACUGAGCUCCAGAGUUCCUCUGUGGAGAUGGGAGAACCUUCCAGAAGGACAUUCAUUUCUGCAGCACUCCACCAAUCAGGCCUUUAUGCCAAGCGUCACAUCUGGAGGAAACCUGGCACAAUCCCUAUGGUGAAGCAUGUGGUGGCAGCAUCAUGCUGUGGGGAUGUUUUUCAGCGGCAGGGACUGGGAGACUAGUCAGGAUCAAGGGAAAGUUGAACGGAGCAAAGUACAGAGAGAUCCUUGAUGAAAACCUGCUCCAGAGUGCUCAGGACCUCAAACUGGGGCGAAGGUUCACCUUCCAACAGGACAACGACCCUAAGCACAAAGCCAAGACAACGCAGGAGUGGCUUCGGGGCAAGUCUCUGAAUGUCCUUGAGUGGCCCAGCCAGAGCCCGGACUUGAACCCGAUCGAACAUCUCUGGAGAGACCUGAAAAUAGCUGUGCAGCGAUGCUCCCCAUGCAACCUGACAGAGUUUGAGAGGAUCUACAGAGAAGAAUGGGAGAAACUCCCCAAAUACAGGUGUGCCAAGCUUGUAGCGUCCUAUUCAAGAAGAGUCGAGGCUGUAAUCGCUGCCAAAGGUGCUUCAACAAAGUACUGAGUAAAGGGUCUGAAUACUUAUGUAAAUAUGAUAUUUCUGUUAAUAAAUGUGCAAAAAAAUCUAAAAACCUGUUUUUGCUUUGUCAUUCUGAGGCAUUGUGUGUAGGUUGAUUUUUUUUUGGGGGGGGGGGGGACAAUUUAAUCAAUUUUAGAAUAAGGAUUUAACGUAACAAAAUGUGGAAAAAGUCAAGGGGUCUGAAUACUUUCCGAAUGCACUGUAUAGCCAAGUUAUCGUUACUCAUUGUGUAUUUAUUAUUACGUGUUAUUACUUUUCUAUUAUUUCUCUAUUUUCUUUCUCUCAGCAUUGUUGGGAAGGGCCUUAUGUAAGCAUUUCACUGUUAGUCUACACCUGUUGUUUACGAAGCAUGUGACAAAUACCAUUUUAUUUUAUUUGACAUGUGUUCUCAAACAGUUGGAAAUGGAAUAGAAAGCAGAAGUAUCAGCAUAUUUUCUGUGAAACAUCAGCUAGGUUUCAUGAAGGCUAUUUCAAUUUCCAGCAGUUUUUGAAACCACUGCGCUCACAAUAAGUGGUAAUAACAGAUACUAUAGUGGCAUCGCCACAAGGUCGUCCAAGACUUCUUAAUGAUCCAGUGCACAGAAUUUAAUUCACUUAGAUAUUUCUGGUUUUUACCUGAGCAAUGUUGAUUAAGUUAGGUUGUUGAGCUUAAAUCAGACAUAUCAGUCAUAUUAAUGAUUUAAGACCGAUUUAUUUCCUUCCUUCAAGCUUGCCACCUUUGUCCAUCACCAUUAUAUCAUAACUAGUCUUAAUGUGUGCAGUCUGCAUAUAUAAUCUCUGGUCAUUCAGAGUGUGCUGUAGUAGGACAGCCUGUCAGAAUUCGGUAUCAGGGAGCGACGAGGAAACGCUUGAUCUCAUUUACACAGACAGGAUCUGUGAAUUAGCUAUUGGCGCCACACAAUAAACUGAGGCCUAUCGGAGUUGGCAGUUUGUCUGAUGCCUUCCGCACUGCUUCCUGUAAAGUACUGCUAAUGUGAAAUAUUGCCCAAUAGCCAGAGUCAGAGAGAGACCGAGAGAAAAGAUGCUGUCUGAUGAAGGUCAUCUGUAGAAAUCUGCACAUUCUCUAUUUUAUAACUACAUUCUAAUGGCUAAAUGUUUGUUUAUCACUCCCUUCAUAUAAAAGUGUUAAUUGUUCUCAUAAAACAGCCUGGUAGCUUGGCAGUGUGCUGUGUUGCGCAUGGUGAAGUCCGGUAGAUAAGCACAGUGUAAGUUAGCGCUCCUUUCUGUCUCAGAGCCUCGGCGAGGAGGAGGAAAAGGAUCGCUGCAUUUGGAGCUCAUUUUCCAUACGGUUGAAUAAUUCAUGAAUAUUAAUUCUGAGGAUGUGGUAGUCUUUUGGUGAAUAUGAUGUAAGGAAGGCUGUUGCUCUCUCUCUCCCCAGUGUCUGUUCCCGUCCCCUAACUUCUCUCUCUCUCUCUUAUUACCCGCCCGUAACGUUUUCCAGGAGGACUAUGACCGCUUGAGGCCUUUGUCGUACCCCAUGACUGAUGUCUUCCUCAUCUGCUUUUCUGUGGUCAACCCUGCUAGUUUCCAGAAUGUGAGGGAGGAGUGGGUCACCGAACUGCAGGAGUAUGCCCCAAGUGUCCCCUACCUCCUCAUAGGCACUCAGGUGAGCCACAGCCACACCACCCAUUGCCUGUCUCUAUACUUUGUCCUGGCCAUUUCAAAUGGCAAGUUUCACAGAGAGUACUGUAUUCACCUGGCAUGUGUUGUCCUCAUCCACCCUACUCACGCUCUACUUCACAUUGACAGGGGAGGGGGGAUUAUAAAACUGAACCUCCACUUAAAUGUACUGUACUCUCUGGUUUAUUUUAUUCUUAAGACCAUUCACGAACAUGCAUAAAGAAAUAUAGGUGUAUACUUUCCAAAUCAUUAGAUGGAACUUAAUAGUAAGAGAAAAUAUAACUUUUUUUCUUGACUUUUUCAUUUAGUAACUCUCAAAUAUUUCCGAAAGAUCAGUCCACAGACACUUUUCAAACCACACUUAUGGGUGUCCCUCCGCCAGCAGUUCCCUGGCCACCAGAAAUAGAAAAUUGGCAUAUUGGUGGUGGUGAGUUUAGUGGAGUGGGCCUGUGAUUUAUCGUUCUGUCAGCUGAUAUUUACUUCUCUUUUAUCAGUCCCACCAUAACUCACAUUCUCACACAGCAUACUUAUGUGGACCCAAUCAAUUCACAGAUGGACCAGAGCCACAAAUCAAACACAACCACAGAUGUGUUAAUUAAUGUUUGCCUCAAUAAAGAGUUUGUUGCACGUAUCAGUGGGCAUGUGCGGGGUAAAGUAGGGUCAUUUUCCCCCCCCUUAAUCAUAUCUCAAUUAACUUUUACCAGUUGAAUGUAGACACAAAUAUAAGACUUUUGUAUCACCAUUUUCCUGAAAUAAUGUAUUAAAAUGUGCAAAUGAGGCAAUACCUAAUUAAAUGUGUUUAAUUACCAUUUUAUUUCAGUGGGCUAUCUCUUUGAAAGCACUCCUAAGAUUAUUCACAAUGAUGUUGGGCUGUUCGCUGAUAGGGGAAACUUGCUGAAGCUAAGAUUUAAAGUUGGCUUUUUCUAAAGAAACAGAUCGUGCCUUUCUCUAAGCAGUAUGAAGCAGAUUAUUCAGUCAACCUUUUUAUCUGUUCUUGAUUAUUUAUCAAAGUGCAGCUGCUACAACUCUUAAACGUUUGGAUGCCAUCUACCAUAGUGCCCUUUGUUUUGUUACAGGCGACAGUUUUGAUACGCAUCACUGCAUCCUGUAUCAAAAGGUUGGCUGGACUUCGCUAAAGACCCGUAGAUCUCUACAUUACUCCCAAUUUGUUUACAAGGCCCUACUUCAUAAACUUCCGUCUUAUCUAACUUUGCUGUUGAAGUAUAGACACCUGAGUUGCCUAAUCUGUUCACAGGAUUGGUUAACUCUUAAGGUUCGUAGGGUCUCCACUGAGCUAGGUAAAUCUGCUUUUAGUUUUAAUGCACCGUAUUGCUGGAACAAAAUUCUAAAUACAUUUCAUGUUCUGGUGCCGUUCGGGCAAUUUAAAGUAUUGAUUGGGGAUUUAUUUGUGGAUGAAUGUAACUGUUUUUUUUGGUGUGAUUUGUGAUGUUUUAUUUGUGCUUACCAUGACUGUGUUUUUGUAUUUGUGUGUGUGUGCGUGCAGUGCAUUCGGAAAGUAUUCAGACCCCUUGACUUUUUCCACAUUUUGUUACGUUACAGCCUUAUUCUAAAAUUGAUUAAAUUAUAUUUUUCCCUCAUCAAUCUACACACAAUACCCCAUAAUGUCAAAGCAAAAACUUGAUAAAAAUAAGAAACAGAAAUACCUUAUUUACAUAACUAUUCAGACCCUUUGCUAUGAAACUCGAAAUUGAGCUCAGGUGGGUCUUGUUUCCGUUGAGCAUCCUUGAGAGGUUUCUACAGCUUGAUUGGAGUCCACCUGUGGUAAAUUCAAUUGGUUGGACAUGAUUUGGAAAGGCACACACCUGUCUAUAUAAGGGAAGGGUACCAAAACAUUCCUGCAGCAUUGAAGGUCCCCAAGAACACAGUGGCCUACAUCAUUCUUAAAUGGAAGAAGUUUGGAACCACCAAGACUCUUCCUAGAGCUGGCCGCCCAGCCAAAAUGAGCAAUCUGGGGAGAAGGGCAUUGGUCAGGGAGGUGACCAAGAACUCGAUGGUCACUCUGACAGAGCUCCAGAUUUCCUCUGUGGAGAUGGGAGAACCUUUCAGAAGGACAACCAUCUCUGCAGUAUUCCACUGAUCGGGCCUUUAUGGUAGAGUGGCCAGGCGGAAGCCACUCCUCAGUAAAAGGCACAUUACACCCUGCUUGGAGUUUGCCAAAAGGCACCUAAAGGACUCAGACCAUGAGAAACAAGAUUCUCUGGUCUGAUGAAACCAAGAUUGAACUCUUUGGCCUGAAUGCCAAGCGGCCCGUCUGGAGGAUACCUGGCACCAUCUCUACGUUGAAGCAUGGUGGUGGCAGCAUCAUGCUGUGGGGAUGUUUUUCAGAGGCAGGGACUGGGAGACUAGUCAGGAUCGAGGGAAAGAUGAACGGAGAAAAGUACAGAGAUCCUUGAUGAAAACCUGCUCCAGAGCACUCAGGACCUCAGACUGGGGCGAAGGUUUACCUUCCAACAGGACAACGACCCUAAGCACACAGCCAAGACAACGCAGGAUUCGCUUCGGGACAAGUCUCUGAAUGUCCUUGAGUGGCCCAGCCAGAGCCCGGACUUGAACCCGAUCAAACAUCUCUGGAAAGACCUGAAAAUAGCUGUGCAGCGACACUCCCCAUCCAACCUGACAGAGCUUGAGAGGAUUUGCAGAGAAGAAUGGGAGAAACUCCCCAAAUACAGGUGUGCCAAGCUUGUAGCAUCAUACCCAAGAAGACUCGAGGCUGUAAUCACUGCCAAAGGAGCUUCAACAAAGUACAGAGUAAAGGGUCUGAAUACUUAUGUAAAUGUGAUAUGUAUGUAUAUAUAAUUUAUAUACACUACCGGUCAAAAGUUUUAGAACACCUACUCAUUCAAGGGUUUUUCUUUAUUUUUACUAUUUUCUACAUUGUAGAAUAGUGAAGACAUCAAAACUAUGAAAUAACACAUGGAAUCAUGUAGUAACCAAAAAGUGUUAAACAAAUCAAAAUAUAUUUUAUAUUUGAGAUUCUUCAAAGUAGCCACCCUUUGCCUUGAUGACAGCUUUGCAUACUCUUGGCAUGCUCUCAACCAGCUUCAUGACGUAGUCACUUGGAAUGCAUUUCAAUUGACAGGUUUGCCUUCAUUACAUUUACAUUUACGUCAUAAAAGUUAAUUUGUGGAAUUUCUUUCCUUCUUAAUGCAUUUGAGCCAAUCAGUUGUGUUGUGACAAGGUAGGGCUAUCUUUUGUAUACCCCCCCCUAUUUGGUAAAAGACCAAGUACAUAUUAUGGCAAGAAUACCUUUUUCAUUUUUCUAUCUGUGUCACGCCCUGACCUUGAGAGCCUGGUAUUCUCUAGUUAGUUUGGUCAGGGUGUGAAUGUUGAUAGAUUCUAUGUUAUCUAUUUCUAUGUUGGCCGGGUGUGGUUCCCAAUCAGAGGCAGCUGUCGAUCGUUGUCUCUGAUUGGGGACCAUACUUAGGCAGCCAUUUCGCCUACCUUUAGUUGUGGGAUCUUGUUUCAGUUUGGUUUGUUGGAUGUUUAGCCUUUUGAACGUCACGUUGCUUUUGUUGUUUUGUCUGUGUUUAUAUAAUAAACGACUAUGUACGCAUACCACGCUGCACCUUGGUCCGAUCCUUUACUCAACCAACGUGACAUCUGUAAAACAUAUCAGAAAUGAUCUCUGGCCAAGUCUGGAGAAUAUAUCUAAGGAUAACCACACAAAAUGUGGUGAAUGCAGAUGCUUCUGAAGCUGAGAAAUUAGUUGGCGUGUCAGAAGUGUCUGACUUUCAGGAAAUGGGAGUUAAGGACAAGUACACUGAAUUCAGACUACCAACCAUCUCUUCAAAGUAAGUUACCAAAUAUAGUCCAGUUUGUAACAUUCUCUAUGAAAUGGGCUUUUAAAUUCUGUAAUUUAAUGUAGUGAGCUUUUAAAGUGGUUAAAAUUUAUUAAAAUGUAGAUGACGGUAGUAUGAUAAACUAAAGAAAUAUACAUUUUCAUCAAGUUUUUGAAAUUUGUAUGUUUACUUUUUAAACACAGGGGAAUUGGGUGUUGCAUAACUUUGUUUAUGAAAUAAAUAUGUAAUUGUUGUGUUAUUUGUCCACUUAUGUUCCCUUUAUCUAAUAUUAGGUUUUGGUUGAAGAUCUGAUAACAUUCAGUAUCACAAAUAUUCAAAAGUAGAGAAAAUUAGAAAGGGGGCAAAUACUUUUUCAUAGCACUGUAUACUAGGCCUAGGGUUUCAAGCUUUGGUUGAUUUCAAAUGGAAUAUACAAGUUAAGAAAAAAAGUUAAAGAAUAUGACUAAAUCCAAUCAAACUUUAUUUAAAGUGCAUUUAAAGUUUGAUUUAAUUUAGUCCUAUUCUUUAACAGAUUUUUGGUUGAAAUGGAGACGUGAAUUCAGCACAUCAAUUAUUAAUUUGUAGACAAACUGGAAUUAAAGCCAGACUUAGUGGCACAGAUGGAACUAUCUAAGCAGAAGAUUAAUCUCUUCCAAUGUUGAUAUUUGGUUGUGUUUGCAAUACCGUAAAUAGCCUACUAACUUGUUAACAAAUUAUAUGUUGGAUUCAAGUCUCCAUCUCAACCAAAAAUAAAAGCUAAAGAAUAGGAUUAAGCUAGUCGCUCAGAUGGAACUAUCCAAGCAGUAAAUGCAUCUCCUUUAAAUGUUGAUAUUUGGUUGUGUUGUUAACCAAACAAAAUUCAAUAUUACUUUUGUAAUACAGUAAAUAGCCUACAUUUAAGGCUCUUACAAACUAAUGUAACAGUAUUUUUGUAACUUUAAAUGAGUAAAACACUAUGGACACAUUGAGGUUACUGUAACAAAUGUAUUCUUAUGUAAUCAUAGAAAGCGUGCAUGUUCAAAAGUAGCAGGUCUGUGGAGAUCUUCACAAUUGCGAUAAUAAUCUGUGCAGAAUCUCGAACGGCAUUGAUCAGUUGCACGACAUAGUUGAAUGAUCUCAAUUGCAGUAGAGGUCAUUUGUUGUGUUAGAUGGAGUACAGUGAUAACACAUUAAGUUGUUGUAUAAAUACACAAAAUAUCUGACGUAUUCCCUUUUUGAACUUUUUGGUUUUAAAUGGCUGAAAGUGAAGCAAUAACAAUUUUAGGUGAGAACUAAACCAAAAAUCAGACAUUGAGAAUUCGGUUGUGCUUUUAGAUGGUUGGAAGGAUGGUCAUAACACAUUGGAAAUUUAACAAACUUUUGGCUGUCUUUUUGAGUGGGUGGAAAUAGGUUGUAAUCUAAUUGAUCAACGUAUUAACUAAAUAUUACCCAAUUAUUCACGUUGAAAUGACGUGGUGUGCCGAGUGGGUAGUUGAAAGAACAAGUUGUUCACUCAACUGAAGAAGUUGCUUAAGAAGCAGCCUAUCUGCUGCCUUUCUGAUUUGACUGUGCUGACGGGAAUUGUUGUCUCUCCCUGUUUCAGAUUGACCUGCGUGAUGACCCCAAGACAAUUGCCAAACUGAAUGACAUGAAGGAGAAACCCAUCACCACAGAGCAGGGCCAGAAGCUAGCCAAGGGGGUACGUACCACUGUGGGGCCAGGAGGAAGGUUACAGAAUGUAUUUUGAGUGUGUAGGAGAGACAAGUGGUCUACCUUACUUUACACAGAUGGUCUGUCCCUCGUCAAACCAAUUCUGUAUUAAAAUUAUGAUAAAGCUUGUAUAUAUUCAGUUUUGGGCAUUUGUUGAUUGAGUCUCACACACAAGACUUCCUCCCCAAGCUAGCUUGGGGACGAGGUUAACCCUUUGUUGAUAGUUUUGAGUGACAGCCUGUUCCUCUCCAGAUCGGUGCGUGUGUCUACGUGGAAUGCUCGGCUCUCACCCAGAAAGGACUGAAAACUGUGUUUGAUGAGGCCAUUAUUGCUAUCCUGACCCCCAAGAGGAAGAAGGGA